AUGGGCUUAUUAGACAUCCGCCUCCUGUCCAGCCUCCUUCAUCAACCACUACCACACACAGUUAUACUUGCCGCGUCAAAGUCAAUAUAUGAACCUUGCUUGAUCGGACAUCCGACAAGGUUGAAGGUUCCAAGGCCGAUGCCAUACAUGGAUCAUGGCAUGUGGGCGCACGAGGGAAACAAGUUACUGCUGAAAGCGUCACCAUGGUCGGCGCCGCCUCCUCUACGACGCCAUGUAAGUGAGAGGAGUUCACCGGCCGCAAGAUAUGCAGAUGACACACAUCUCGACACGCCCGAGGACACAAGGCCAGAGUCGUCCGAAGACCAGCUGCCAGCGACCAUCGAUGGCUUUUUCACACAGCAUGGCAUCAGGCUGACGCAGCAUGCCUCCGGACUUCCUUCGCUGGCGAACAAUCUCUCUGGGCAGCUUCACCCUUUGCUGAGCGACAACAUACGGCGACUGGACUUGCAUGUGAAGGUUUCGCUGCGACCAAUACAUAAUCCUACGAGCGCAUACGGUAAGCUUGUCCACGUUCUUAGUCCACGAAAAGCUAUGAUAGUGGUUGAUCAGCACAUCGAGCGCUUGUGGGACAAUGUGCCGAUGCUCUUGUCACAGCUCCCACGUCUCAGGCAGUUCUCCUUAACUCUUGAUAGUCUCUUUGACUCGACUCCACGCCCAAGAGACUACCAGAGACUGAGGCUCUUCCGCAAUAAUCGACUAUGGGGAAGUAGGUCAGAAAACCUGCAGAACUCGGAUUUCCAAGAGAAGGCCACAGCUGUGUUAAUUCCCUUGCUGAGAGGACUGGCGAGAGGCAAGGAACUCGACAGAGUUGCAAUCAGACAUGUGCCGGUCGCCACGCUCAAUCAACUUGAAGUCAUAAGCGGCGAGCACCUGAGCGAUGAGGAAGUAGCAAGAGCGUUCCUGAUCAUGCCGGGCAGAGAGGUCGUGCUCAAGGGAUUGGAACUUGGCCGCAAAGACUCGUUUCUCGACCCUCCAAUCCCAGACUCAGACAAGCCGCCUCCUCCUCCAGCGAAGACCAUAAGACCUUACAAGUCAACUCCUCACUUACAGUCAAGUCCCAAAGAUCGAGAGGGCGCGAAUCGAAAAAACCGCGGACGACUGCCACUCAUAGGGGGUAGUCAUGGUCUGAGCUACAUCACUGUUUUAGUGCUUUAUGGACUCCACGAAUAUGUACAUAGCACAAUGCAAGCGUCUUACUUCGCGUCUAAUCGCGGGCUUCUGAACAACAGCGAUCGGUGCCAUCAUGUUCUUCUCUUGCGAAUAAACUUUCACCGGAUCAUUGGUGUCAUGAGCGAGUUGACUACCUUAUCAACGGUGUAUUAUGCAUUCGCGAAGCCGGUCGGAGACUAG